AUGGCGGCGAAUUUAAUGCAUUCUUUUGGUGAUGAAGAAAGCCAAACCCAUUCCAGUAGAAGAUGCAGCAGGGAUGAUGAUGGAGCAAAAGGAUUGAGUGAAGAAGAUGGAUGGACUGGAAAGGACGAUAAACCAACUUUUUUGCUGGUGCAGAAGCUGGGCUUGAUGGACUUUGUUUCUUUGGAUGUGUGGCGAGCUGCGGUGGCGGAGGUUCUUGGAACGGCGGUGCUGGUGUUCGUAUUAGACACCGUAGUGAUCUCAACGUAUGAGACCGAAACCAAGACGCCGAAUUUGAUCAUGUCAAUUCUAAUUGCCAUUUUCGCGACGAUAAUAAUAUUGGCCUUGCUUCCAGUCUCCGGCGGCCAUGUAAACCCCAUCAUCUCCUUCUCCGCCGCCUUGGUGGGGAUUAUUUCCAUGUCAAGAGCCAUAAUCUACAUUGUAGCACAGUGCAUCGGCGCCGUGCUGGGUGCUCUAGCGCUUAAAGCCGUGGUCAGCGAAACAAUCCAAGAAAAUUUCUCCCUGGGCGGCUGCACCAUUAGAGCGGUAACUCAAGCUCCAAACGGGCCAGUAAUCGUGGGGCUUGCAAUAAACCAGGCGUUUUGGAUGGAGUUUUUCUGUUCCUUUGUGCUUCUCUUCGCCGUACUAUGGACGGCUUACGAUUACCGGCAGUCAAAGGCGCUAGGCCAAGUCAAGGUUUUCAUGUUCGUGGGAAUAGUGUUUGGCCUCCUGGUGUUCAUCUCCACCACCGUGACGAAGCAAAAGGGGUACGGCGGAGCCGGGCUGAAUCCGGCGAGGUGUUUGGGGGCAGCACUUGUGAAGGGAGGUCACCUCUGGGAUGGACUUUGGGUGUUUUGGGUUGCGCCGGCCAUUGCUUGUAUGGCAUUUUAUCUCUACACUAAAAUCAUUCCCAGAGAGCAUUUCCAUGCAGAUGGAUACCCACAUGACUUAUUUCCAUUGUCAACGUAA